CAUUGUGGGUUGUGAGCUAUCUAUGAGUGGAACUGAAAUGCCAAUUUCACCGGAAAGUAGAACAUAACCUCACCUAUUAAUAACAUAAACCGAAGUUUGUUCAACACUUAAGUUUUAUCUUUUGCCUUAUCAAAUAAAUAGUGCAAAUUAAAAAAAAAAACAAAUAAGAUAGAAUGGUUUUGUCGGAAGUAACUCAACCAACUGCAGAGGGAGAUGCAGCACCCAGUAAGAAAGCAGCAAAGAAAGCAGCCAAAGCUGCUGAAAAACAACAGAAAAAGGCAGAACAUAAGGCCUCUGCCCCUGAAACCGAUACAACUGAAUUAGAUAUAUCUGAAGGAAAAUAUGGUAUUCUAAAAAUGAUACAAUCAACCGGUGAGCAUAGAGACCGUGCAUAUUUCGAUGUCAAAAGUCUUGGAGUGCAUUUGAAAGGAAAAUAUGUGUGGAUUAGAGCGCGCUUACAAACAUCCAGAGCUAAAGGAAUGCAAUGCUUUGCUGUUCUUCGACAGAAUUCAAGUACCGUUCAAGUGUUAAUCAAUGUGAACGAAAAACUCUCUAUCAGUAAGCAGAUGGUGAAAUUUACUGGCAACAUCCCGAAGGAGUCCAUCGUGGACGUGCUCGCGGUGGUGGUGGCGACGCUGAGCCCGGUGGCGGCGUGCUCCGUGAGCGCGGUGGAGCUGUCGGCGCGCGAAGUGUGGCUCGUGUCGGCGGCGCGCGCGCAGCUGCCGCUGCUCGUGGAGGACGCGGCGCGACGCGAGACCGACGAUCCCGAAGGUCUCAAGAUCAGAGUCAACCAGGACACGAGGCUGGACAACCGAGUGUUGGACCUGAGGACUCCGGCCAACCAGGCGAUAUUCCGCAUCGAAGCUGGUGUUUGCAAAUUGUUCCGGCACCAUUUGACUAAUAGAGGUUUUGUCGAGAUCCACACUCCGAAGAUAAUCUCGGCGGCGUCCGAGGGCGGCGCCAACGUGUUCACGGUCUCGUACUUCAAGUCGUCCGCCUACCUCGCGCAGAGCCCGCAGCUUUACAAGCAGAUGGCGAUCGCCGCUGACUUUGACAAGGUGUUCACGGUGGGAGCUGUAUUCAGAGCGGAGGACUCGAACACACACCGUCACCUCACCGAGUUCGUGGGUCUGGACUUGGAGAUGUCCUUCAAGCAGCACUACCAUGAAGUCUUGGACACAAUCGGACAGACCUUCACGGACAUGUUCCGGGGGCUACAGAAACAAUUUGCAGAUGACAUAGCAACGGUUGGUCUGCAGUACCCGGUGUCACCGUUCAAGUUCCUGGAUCCACCGCUGAGGCUCGAGUUCCCUCAGGCCAUACAGAUGCUGAAGGAGGCCGGUGUAACGGUGGGGGAAGAGGAUGACCUGUCCACUCCGGAUGAGAAACUGCUCGGCCGUCUCGUCAAAGCUAAAUACGAGACAGACUUCUUCAUUUUGGACAAGUACCCGCUGGCCGUUCGACCGUUUUACACAAUGCCUGAUCCGAACAACCCUAAAGCAUCGAAUUCGUACGACAUGUUUAUGCGUGGGGAGGAGAUCCUCAGCGGAGCGCAGCGGAUACACGACCCGGAGUUCCUCACCGAGAGGGCGAAGCACCACGGGAUUGAUAUCAGCAAAAUCGCGGCGUAUAUAGAGUCGUUCAGGCUGGGCUGUCCUCCUCAUGCCGGAGGCGGUAUUGGUCUGGAGCGUGUGGUGAUGCUGUUCCUGGGUCUGGACAAUAUCCGGAAGACGUCGAUGUUCCCGCGCGACCCUAAACGAGUCACCCCUUAAAAUGUUUUUAUACAACCGAUAUAUUGAAGAAAAAUAUUGUUUAUAAAUAAAAUUGUAUGCAUAAAUUA